AAUCAUUACUGCACGUGGUCGCUGGAUGUCAGUGUUAUCUCGACCGAUUUACAUCGAAGGCACAAUUCAAUCCUGAACUUUCUUGCCAAUACCUUGCAAACUGUGAACGGUUCUUCCGUCUGCGCUGAUGUGCCUGGAUUCAAACGUCCGUCAAUAGUAACUGGUGAUGCGUAUCGCCCGGAUUUGUUGCUAUCAUUAUCAAAUGGCUCUCUUUAUGUAGUCGAGCUCACUGUUGGCUAUGAUACAAACCUCUAG